AUGGCUUUCCCACGCCUGCUCCUUGUGCAGCUCAUGUGUCUGCAGACUGCCCGGGCCGAGGCUCAGCUCUGGGGGAGACAGACACGGGGGAGACAGGGGAGAGAGGGGAGAGGGGGGGGAGACACGGGGGAGUGCAGUCCUGGAAUGUGCGCGCGCUCCCGGUUCCCUCUGUUCCUGGGUCUGCGCGCGCAGCCCGGGACAGGUCUGGAAGGUCUGGAAGUGCGAGGAGGAGGAGGAACACACCUGAGUUUCGACUCCGUGGAUUUGAUUAAAGAAACCGCGAGAUGGCGUCUCCAUCUGUGUUUUACCACCCCACAUUGCUCCGAAGAAGCUCCACUGGACACACGGCUCCGUUUGCAUAAAGUAGCUAAAGGAUAA